GACGUUUCUCUGUUUAAGAUAUAUAUUACUUAAUACAAUUGAAUAACAUUUUCUGCAAAUAGGCAUCAACCUUUUCCUUUUUUAUAACAAUAUAUAUAGUUUAUUAUAUAUAUAGCAACCUGCUAGAACGAACAACAUAAAUAUAUAUAUAUAUAUACACAUAUAUAUGCCAGCUUCAUAUAAGAGAGAUCAUAGUUGGUAAAAUACUAGAGGAGCACAAUGGCCUCCACCGUGGAAACCAAUAUAAUCAGUUGUGAAAUGGAGAAAAUCAAGAAAGAAUUGUUCAAUGUCGCCAUGAAGGGCGAAUGGAAUGAAGUUAUAAGAGCUUACGAGCAAAACUACGCAGCGCAUGAAGCCAAGAUCACAAGGUCAGGUUACACGGCACUUCACAUAGCCGUCUCCGACUGCCAAGAAGAUGUGGUCGAAGCGCUCGUACGACGUGUCGUUUCCAAUUCGAAAAAAGUGCUCGCUAUUCAAAACGACAGAGGGAACACUCCUCUCCACCUCGCGGCCUCAAUGGGAUACGUGAGAAUGUGUCACUGUAUGGCCAAAGCUGAUCCGUCGUUGGUUGGAACUCGUAACAAUAACAGCGAGACUCCUCUGUUUUUGGCCGCUCUAAGAGGAAAGAAAGAAGCUUUCCUCUGUCUGCAUUACCUUAGUGGCACCGUUCACGACGGCUCUUUUUGCCGUAGGCGCGACGGUCAGACCGUUCUUCAUUGCGCCAUCGCCGGAGAGUACUUCGAUUUGGCAUUUCAGAUUAUUCAAUUGUACCCGGAACUAGUUAACUCUGUUGACGAGCAUGGAUUUUCUCCUCUCCAUAUUUUGGCCAGUAAACCAUUUGCCUUCAAAAGUGGUAGCAACCUUGGUCGUUGGCACAGCCUCAUUUCCUAUUGGACGUUUGUGGAUGAGCUGAAGCCAGAAUCAGAAGAUCGCAUUACUUUACUGAUGAAAAGAUUAGACAAAGAAAAGUUACAAAGCUAUCCAGAAAAUUACAAAACUUGCGUGAAUUUGGUUCGACUGCUGACGAAUGCCGUUGAAGUUGUCACAGUAAAAAAAGAUGCACAUCAAGGACGCACAGGAGCUGGUGGAGAGAGCCUUGGAGGACCGAAUGCUGUCACCAUAGAACACAAGGCUGGAUCUCAAAGUGAUCAUCGAUUAUUUCCCCCUAAUUACGCCACCUGCUUCAACCUUUUCCAGAUUGUAUGCAAGGCAUUGCUGGUCAUUCUUGGAUUCGGGUCUAGGAUGAUUACCAGAGUAAAGGAAAAGAAAGAGAGGCAUGUGUGGUCGGUUCAAAUCAUGAAUGAACUUCUUAAGCAUGCUUCCAUGUAUGAGUACGAAAACACUGGAGCGAGUCCACAGGUAGUAGUAUCACCCCAAAAACAAAGUGGUGAGACCAAGCCUUAUGAGAUUGCUGAGGAUGGAGAUGCAACUUUUGCUGCUGAUACCAUGAUCGGUACAGCCACCUCUGUUGAUGAUACUUCUUUCAAAUUAAACAACCCAAAUGGCAAUGACAAAGGAACCAACGUUGAUGGUACAAAUGAUGAUAAAAAAGGAGAGGAGAAUGAAACAGCGAUAUUAUUUGCAGCGAAAAAUGGUGUGACGGAAUUGGUGGAGAAAAUCCUUGAGCUUUUUCCUGUGGCUAUUCAUGACACGAACGCGGAGAAGAAGAAUAUAGUGCUACUGGCAGUGGAGCAUCGGCAACCGCAUGUGUACAAGAUGUUGUUGAAGAGGAACAUCUUGAAAGACAGUGUGUUUCAACAAGUGGACAACAAAGGGAACAGUGCCCUACAUCUCGCUGCCAUGUUGGGAGACUAUAAGCCUUGGCUAAUCCCAGGCGCUGCUCUUCAAAUGCAGUGGGAAAUCAAAUGGUAUGAGUAUGUGAAAAGGUCUAUGCCAGUGAACUUCUUUGUCCGCUACAACAACGCUCGCAAGACAGCAAGGGACAUUUUCACCGAAACACACAGGGGUCUCUUCGAAGCCGGCGGAGAAUGGUUGACGAGCACAUCACAGUCCUGCUCCCUGGUGGCCGCCCUUAUCGCCACCGUCGCUUUCGCUACGUCAACCACUGUCCCGGGAGGCAACAACGAGAUCAGUGGUAGACCAAUCCUCGAAGAUAAGCCGGCUUUCGAGAUUUUCGCCAUAGCAUCACUGGUGGCCUUGUGCUUCUCAGUCACCUCCGUGGUCAUGUUCCUUGCAAUACUCACGUCUCGGUACCAAGAACGAGAUUUUGGAGGAGAUCUACCGAGAAAGCUCUUGAUGGGGCUAACGUCGCUGUUUGUGUCCAUUGCUUCCAUGCUGAUUUCGUUCUGCGCUGGUCAUUUCUUUGUUCUUCAGGAGAAACUCAAGUACGCAGCGUUUCCCGUGUAUGCCAUUACAUGCUUGCCCGUAUCUUUAUUUGCUCUAGCUCAAUUUCCAUUGUAUUUUGACCUUAUAUGGGCUAACUUUAAGAAGGUCCCUCAGCGUAGUUACAAGGUUGCCUUCUCCCCUUACUAAUAGUAAUACUAAAGAGUACUAUUGUUCCUACAAUUUUUUUUCAAUUUUUCUUUUUUCUUUUUUACGCAUUGUUUGCCAAUUUGAAAUCAAUUAUGCCUACGUUUCCUAUCAUAUAUUUUGGUGGAGGUUAAUUUUGUGUGUAACUCUUUCUAUAUUUUAUUAAUUAUUAAUAACUAUUUUUUUAAAAUUAAAUGAAAUUCAUUUAACACAAAAGGAACACACGAUUACAAAGUACUAGGUUUGGCUGCAGAAAUUACAGACUCGGCUGUAGCAAGCCCUCACAUGUAAAUGGAGGUGAGCCAGUCCGGCCGCCCUGCCCCGCUAAGGGUUCUAAAGUAUGUCGGGUCAAACCCGACCCGGAU